AUGCGGUGGAUAGUCCAUCAACCAGUCGAGGGGAGCUUUUUUUCCUUUCUUGUCAGCUCGAACGAUUACGAAUAUUUUCCUUUUGAAGCUGGUUCACCAUCUGAAGAGAAUUCGCUCAACUCGGCACAAUCAUGGUCGGCAGCGAUUCAAGCAGCGUUGAUGCCGGUCACACCACAAUCGUCAAUAGGCGGUCAGAAACGAGCAAACGACAUGGCGAAACUGAAAGUGCCCAAUGAAGGUCAGUCAGAUUAA